AUGAAUCGAUUCAGGACCAAGAAAAGGGCAAAGGAUGACCUUGCGGCCGGCCGAACAAGCGAGGACUCUGAGCAAUCCUCGCUCUCAUUUUUCCGUAAAGGAAAGAAGUCGCAGCAGGAGGAGUCGAAGAAGGAAUUCGAUCUCACGACCGCCCUUCCCACCAACGAUGACUUUCGCACGAGCCUGUUGAUGAACAACCUGUCCGCCCGUUUUUCGAUGUUGAGAGAGCAAGAUGACCCCAACACCAAGAUCGGCAAGGCGAGCGACGACAGUGUUCUCUACCCGAAACGGCAAUCACGCAUGGCCGAUUUUGGCUUUGGCCACGGUGCGGGCUUGUCUGAUAUUGCCGAAGUCGAGUCCAUCAGAGGCACCGGCUUUCCUCGUGCUACGUCCGUGGGAUCCGACGAGACAGAUUCCGCGAACGGGGGGAGUGUGUUGACACGCGGGAGACCGACUGAAGGCAAUGUUCUGUUCGGUGGUCGGCAGAAAAUCUACAAAAUCCCAGCUGCAUCCGAAGGCGGAAUGGCCGGCCGUGCGGUUUACGAGGACGAUGUUGCCGUGUCAGCGUUCCAGCGCUGGAGGCAGACAGAAAGGCAAAAGACGCUGGAAGGCUUGACCGGGCCAGCUACGGACGAAGACGAGCCCCCGCGAUCCGAAUCCCCGCCCUCGAUGAGGUUUGGUAACAAGCGGGAAACAGCAUCAACGACUUCAUCCGCCUCGAUGAUGGCUCGCAAUUCCACGGCCGCUACCUCUGUCACUUCGCAAAUAGCCAACAUCAAGGAGGCGCAGUCGCUGUCCAGUGCGGCAUCGUCGGCCGUUACCUCACCGAUUCCCGAGCGGAAUGUUAUCCGCACACGGAGAUUGUAUGAACAACAUAGCAACCAGGAUGCUAAGGAAAACGCCCCAGGUUCUGUGUUGUCACGCAUUGAGGCACUCACACGCCCGCGCCCAUUCAAUACCAGGACCCCCGACUUGCCCAUCCGGUCCGACACCAAUCGAACAAUCCUGAACAAAACCAGCGCGCCCAGCCUUCGAUCACUCAGCCCCAAGCCCGUGGGUCGGCCAAUUGGUGAUUUAGACCGGGGGGUGAAAUCUCAGCUGGAGACCAAACGGAACGAUGUUGGCGGCGUGCCUGCGUCGAGCUCCCCGGCCAGCGAGACAGGUGAACAAGUCGUUCUCCCUAUCCUUGCCAAGGAUGUGGGGAAAGCCACGGCGAUGGGUAUUUUCCAAAAACCGACGCAAUCAUACGAUGAGUCACAAUACGUCCAGAGGCAGUUGCAGCUUCAGCAAGGCCGAGAGACGCCAACUCUGAUGCAAAGGGCCGACACCAGCGGCAGGAAUACCCCCGUUUCUGCUGAACCUGAGAGAAAGCCUGUGACCAUCGGAGUUCGACCACCUGUUCCGAACGUUGUACUUCCCCCUACUCCGGCCACGGAAACGGGCGUUCUGUCCGCGGCCAAAACCGACUCGACGACACCAGAACCUGCCAACAUCCCGCGGCCCUCGGACAAAGAUCACCCGGCCUUCAGGCAGUCGCCACUGACAUCUCUCCCUAGUAGCCACAGUGUGAGCAAAGAGAAGCUUUUGGGGGAUGAUUUGAAACCCCCUGUCGACGGCUCCCGGCCGGCGUCCCCCGAGGACUCGCCAACUCUAGGCCCGACGUCCGGCCUUAGCGGAUUGGUUCGCCAGCACCUUCGCACCGAGAGUGUAGAGUCGUCAUUGAAUCGCACUUCCAUGAACCCUAUCAGCUCCGGAUCGCGAUUCAAUUUCGAUUCCGGUUCUCCAUCCUUGCUGGCCGAAACAGGUGUCGCGUUAAGCCCGUGGCCAUCAUCAGAUCAGGAUUGGAUUGGACCUGGUCCAGUCAGUGAAUCCAAAGCGGCGACCCCCGAAGUGCGAGAAUCGGAACCCCAAUCCAAGCCAGACGUUUCAGCCACUCCGACACCUGAUCGUACCAGCACUGCCACAGAUGAUGAAGUUGAUGACUUUGCGAAUCAGCUUGCCAACGCCCGCCGGCGCGUCAGAGAGAAGUUGACUUCGUAUGUCGAGUCGGACAGCAGUAGGGCGCCCUCUCCUUCGCUGUUGCCCGUCGAUUCUUCUUCCAUGUCCGGACCCCCUCCCAACGGUACCGGCAUUUUGAAGCCAAAGACGAGCCGUGGGUCGCUUAUUGACCGAACCCGAAAUGUGCCAACAGGGCCACCUAAGAACAUGAAGAUUAUGGGACUAGGUGCCUCGACGCAACCUGGCAAAGAAGAGAAAGAUCACCCCUCGCUUGAGACCAUGAAGGAGGAGGGAGAAAGGGCGCCGAAUGGGCAGCCGGGACACAAGGUAUCGAGCAGCGCAUCCAGCGACCAGUCCACCAAGGACAAGGACGAGGGCAUCAACGCCCACCCAGGGCUGAAGGCUUUCCGACAAGCUCGCCGAGAACUUCAAAAGCGAAAAGAGCUCGAAACUCUUGCCCGUCACCAAGCCGCGCAAACGUCGCAGGCCUUGGACGAGUCACCGGAGCAGCGGCCUGACGUUCCGGCACCGAGAGGCCAACGGACCCCGAGCCGCGACAGGAAACCACCCCCUGUUUCCUACAGACAACCACCCCCGGUUGACGACCACAGCUACAGCUCGCCUCCAGGUGCAAGGCCGUCGGGCGAACGCUCGAGAAGCGGUUCUGAGGCCAGCAACGGUCGUUCCAACAGCCGGCCACCCAGACUGCGGACGAACAAUAACACCAGCCCCCAUGAGCAGUAUGGGCCGCCUAGCCAGAACCGGCCUAUGCUCCGAUCCCCUGCCAUCCCCGGGCCGGCGGACUCCAAAGGCUCAUACUUCAACCGCGGGGCGCCUUCUCCCGCUCCCUCGCCGCACCCUGACCGGUCUUGGUCCUCAACCAACUUAGCUUUGCAUACCGGACGUCCCGGUCUAGACCAACACUCUGGGCAGCCGUCACCAAUCUCUCCCAUGGGUCUGCCGUCACCAUCACCCUACACGUCUGGCGCUUCCCCCGCAGGCACACCCACGACGCUUGGGCCGCGUCCGAGACUCUCUUCCGCAUCGCAGUCCCCUGCCCUGGGGCCCAGUCACCACGCUGGAUCUGGACCGACUAAAAGAGCGGUCGACAAGCGGGAGAUCUCAGAGCCAACCUUUGUCAUGUCAACCAGCCGAGUCCCAACAAACGCGCUUCCCCAUCAUGCUCCUCCUCAGUCACCUCCGCCCCAAUACCCUCCGCCUCCGCGCCAGGCUCCCCCGAUGAUCCCGACCGCGGGCACCCGGUCGCGAUCCAGCAGCCGCGCAGCCGAUUCUGCUCCACCUUUGCCCCCCAUCAACCCCCGACGACGGCGUGAGGAUUCUCGUCCACGGCAAUCAACACAAAAUGGGGAGAUGACAAGCCCUCGGAUGCCUCACCCAAGCAGUGGUAUCCCUUCUCCCACCAGCGAUGAUGAACCGGGUAACCGGCCGGAACAACGACGGGUGCUACGGAAGCCUCCCCCAGAUAUGCCCGGCGGCGGUCCCCGGCCGCUUCCGGGGCUGAUGAGGGAUACCAACCCGCCCUUUGUAGCUAAGGGGCCACCGACGAGUCGGACUGCACCACCCGGUCAAAAUAUGGGGGGGCUCCCCGGUGGAAUGAUCUAG